AUGUUUCUAAUAAUCCGAAAAUCUCCAAAACAACUUGGAUCAUACAAAUAUUUGAUGAUUUAUAUGUCAUGUUUUGAAAGUAUCUAUUCAAUUAUUGAUUUUAUUGUUUCUCCGAUCAUGUUUUCUUAUGAAUCUAUAAUGGUUGUUAUGAUCUACAAGAACAAUUCUAUAUUUUUUUCUGAUUGGGUUUUAUUGAUCCUGAAUGGUGUUUAUUGUGCAUUUUUCGGAGCAUCAAUGGGAAUGUUUGGGAUACAAUUUAUAUAUCGAUAUUUUGUUUCGACUGGUUCAAAACAUUUGAAGACUUUCAAUGGGUUUCGAAUAUUUUUUUGGAUUUUGAUUCCUAUUUUUGUUGGAAGUAUCUGGGGAUCAAUUUGUUAUUUUAUCCUGUCUCCUUCAGAUGAAAUUAAUCAAAGAAUAAAUAAUCAAUUAAUGUUAACUUUUGGGUGGGAAAUUCAAGAAAUUACGUAUGUCGGUGCUUAUUUUUAUCAAUUACAACCUGAUGGAUCAUAUAAAAUUGGGUGGAAUUCAGUUAUUGGUGUUACAAUAGCAUGGAUUAUUAUAUUGUCAUCGCUUUGUGUGAUUUUUUAUUUUGGUAUCAAAUGUUAUUUGAAUCUCCGUCAAGUAAUGCGCAUAAAACAACAGCAAAAUAAUUCUUCAAGAAAUUUCAAAAACCUUCAAUCACAAUUAUUCAAUGCUUUAGUCACCCAAACUACAAUUCCAGUUAUUUUGAUGCAUUUUCCACUUUCUACAGUAAUUCUUUUUACAUUUCUCGAUAAGGAUUUGGGAACAUUGAGUGGUGUUUCAUCAAUUACAAUUGCAUUAUUUCCAGCUUUGGAUCCACUUCCAUCUAUGUUUAUAAUUCAAAAUUAUCGGAAAUUUAUUUUUGGAUUUUUCAAAAUCACAAAAGUUAAAAGUAUUAAAAUCCCAUUGAAUUAA